AUGGGGGGUGUUGAAAAGCAUGAUCAAUUAGUCAGCUACUACAGAAUGCAUAUGAAAUCAAAGAAGUGGACUCUUCGGAUGAUUUUUCAUGCAUUCGAUAUGGCGGUGGCAAAUUGUUGGCUGGAAUAUGUAAAUUAUGCAAAUGUAUUGAAGAUUCCUAAAAACAGACAACUUGCUUUAUUGGAUUUUAAAAGCAAUCUUGCCGAAGAACUUAUUCUUGUUGGCCGACCUACUCCACCAAGAAAACGCGGCCGUCCAUCAUCAGCAUCAUCGCCUAGUGUUUCAAAUGUUGACUUAUACGAUAUAUCGCCCAAAUGCGCCAAAUCUUUGGAAUUUAGACCUUAG